GAAAAUAUGUCAAUGUUACAAUAAAAUCGCACGUUUAGUUGAGUACAUGCAUAAUCAGCCUACUUGCUCAUACAAUUUAAUUAGUUGAGUACAUGCAUAAUCAGCCCACUUGCUCAUACAAUUUAAGUAAAUUGCCCAAAACUCUUCUCAACUAAAAAUGCAAAACAGGGACAAUUUUCAUAUAGGCAUUUCAUCAAACAGUUGUAGUGCAAAAGAAAAACUCGCUGAUACAUACAUUAAAAUGAAACAACUACUCUCUACACAAAAUGUGAGAAUGUCAUGGCAAUAUUAUAAAAAGGACAUCGUAGGAGACAUUGUCUAUGAUCCAUCCCACAUUUCACAAGCUUCACCACCAGCACCCCAAGGCUUUGCAUUGAUCACUGCCCCAUCAUACCAGGAUAUAAUGCAGCACCAAGAUCAGCUUCCUCAUCCAAGAAUAAACCUUGGCCAGCAUUUUUCAUGGAGAAUUUGAGAUGGUUUUAAUUCAAGAGUGUAGCCAAUUACCUCCCUCAAACUCUGAGAAACCUCUGCACGCUUUAGACCCUUGGUUUGAGGAACAACAGAGCGGAUAUUCAAUGGAGAACUUCCACCAAUAGCAAGACUAAGACUGUUGCGAUGAGGAGGGCUACUACAUUCAGAGGGCGAGUGAGCUCAACAUGGCUCUUUACAUCAGGCAGUAAUAUUUCCCCAUCAUACUCCUUGCAAUUUUGAUCUUAACUCUGUUGCAACUUACAUCUGUGAGACUGAUUGGACUUCUGGAAAUACUCCCAAAAUGAUAAUAGAAGCUCUGGGAACUCUAAUCGGGAUGACAUAGUAGAUUUUCAACCAGCAAAGUGUGAAAGCUGAAAUGCCAAAGAUAUUAACACAAACUAAAGGAAAAUCACAUAGCAUUCUCUCAAUUUAAUUUCAAAAAAAAUAUUUUUCUAACAAAAAGAGAAGAGAACAAACACAAAAAGGUGAAAGGAACAAAUAGAAGAAAAAGUCUAAAAAGAUAAUCGAAAGAGACAAAAAUAAUAAACAAAACAAUUCAUUUCGCAAAAAUAAUAAACAAAACAAAUUGAAUUAUAUGGAAAAGUGGAAAACGAAAGAAAAAACUAGACGGCCUAAUUAAAGCAGAGCAAAAGCUAGACGGAAGCUAGAAAAAUAGAGCGAUAAUGCAGGGUUUUCCCUCAUGUUGGCCGAUCAAAUCUCUACAACGGACAGAUCCGGCCGGUGAAUCCAAUAACAACCAGAAUCUGCUAUCAAGUGAUAUGAAAUUGAGCAACGGUAGUUCUAAAUCGUCACCGGUUCGUCUGCCGUUAAGAAAGCUGCUACAAAACGACCGUGAUGAGCUAGACGGUGUUUCAGCGGGCUGACCUGUUUUGAUGCUAACGGGAAAGAUCGAACCAUCCAGAUGGGGUGGAAAAUAUUACGGAAGAAGAACUCAGGAAGUCCGACGGUGCGGUGGUUGGCCAGCGUUCCUAUUGCGGCCGCCGUCAUCGAUGGCCUGGUCCGCGCUAGAACAAAUAGACAGGAGCAGAUUGAGAAGCGCUUAUGUUAGACCAGACGACAAAGGAAUGGAAAAAUGCUGGCAGCAUACAGUUUAAAACAAAAUGAAAGGGAAGAUCGUUCAAUUAAAUCGGGGGCGGACUCGGUAUUAAGUAAAAAACAAC